AUGUCGCUCGGGACGGCAGCCAUCAGCCUCGCUGAGGUGCGCUCCGUUCAAGAUGGCGUGGCGAACGACGUACGCGAAGAUGGGCGCACGCUGCUGCAGCGCCGGCCUGUACACAUCACGGUCCGGACAAGCCCUUCUUCCCCGGCUGCUGCGGCCGCCGGUGACGCGCAGGAGAGCUACAACGGCAGCUAUGUGGAAGUGAACGCCAGCGGCACGGUCGUGUUGGCGGCUGCCACACCAUCGGUCGUGGACGGCUGCGCCACUGCCGGCCCGAACUCUAGCGCUGGUACAGAGCAUGAACGCGCGUCAGACACAGGCAAGGGCAAGCUGCACAUCACCAUUGACGCCGUGCCGCACGUGCUGGACGCGUACGCAAGCGCUGUUGGAGGUCGCAACGUGAGCCGCUACCGCCGUGACUAUCUCGCCUUUUUGGCCUCGACUAUGCGACAGGUGUUCGGCGCCGCGCAAGUGGAGGUGCAGGAGCAACAGGGCGUGGCGGAGGCUGAGGUAGUGCAGGAGGAGGCUGACGAAGGCACUGGCAGGGCGUUCACGGCAUCGUCGUCGUCGAGUCCGUCAGCUGGCGCAGCUUGGGAGGCGCCAGUGGCAGGGAGCAGUGGCGACCAUAUGCUGAACGGCUUCCCUGCAGCGGACUUGUACGUUGGCGAGGGCUUCGGUUUCAUGAUUCACGUCGACGUGCACGUCCUGCAAUCCAGCGGUGGUAACCUGUUCACCGCCAUUGCGUACGCCGUCCACGCGGUGCUCCGGUCGCUUCGACUGCCGGCGGUCACCCUGCACAAGGCACCAGGAGACGGCGCAGGUGUGUCCGUCGAGGUGGAUCGCUCGAAGCCGUAUCGCAAGGCUGUCAGCUGGGCUCAGAUGCCGCUGCUGUGCGUGCUUCUUGUGUCGCCGACUGGCCACUGCGUCGUGGACCCUACCUUACGCGAGGAGUGGGCCAUGCCGCAACAGGUGCAUGUGGCGGCUGGCGCGAAUGGCCAGGUGAUGUACUUCCGAUACCAGCAGCUUCCUUCGCGCCGCGGCAACGCGUAUCAGCUGCAGACUGCUGAGCCGUCAUCUGCCACGGAUGGGUGCGCCAGCUACGUGGCACCGCCGUCUGCGCUGAGUGUGACCGACUGCUGGUCUAUUUUGUGUGACGCGGUGCACAUCUGCCAGGCAAUGCUGCACGACUGCGAAGAGGCUCUGAUCCACGGCGAGAACGCGUAA